AAAACAGAUUGUCCUUUUAAUUCUGUUUGACUUGUUGUUUAUCUUUCUGUGGAAAUUAGAGCAACUUUUCAAGAAGAAGCGGCCAUGGAAGGCAAAGGAGUAACCCGACGCUCUAUCAUAGUUCCUUCUGUUCAAGAAUUGGUGAAGGAGGAUAUGAUCACGGCGGUUCCUCCGAGGUAUGUACGGUCCAGUCAAGUUGACAAAGCUGAGGUAGCCGUUGAUUCUGAUCUAAGAAACCAGAUCCCGAUCAUAGACAUGAGUCUUUUGUCUUCUUUGGAUUCUGAGAUUGACAAGCUCGACUUUGCAUGCAAAGAAUGGGGUUUUUUCCAGCUUGUAAACCAUGGGAUGGACUCAAGUUUCUUGGAAAAGUUCAAGUCGGAGAUUCAAGAUUUCUUCAAUCUUCCCAUGGAAGAGAAGAAGAAGUUAUGGCAAAAACCCGAUGAGAUCGAAGGGUUUGGACAAUUAUUUGUGGUUUCAGAAGAGCAGAAACUCGACUGGGCAGAUAUGUUCUUACUUACUAUGCAACCUGUCCGACUUCGCGAGGCUCACUUGUUUCCCAAGUUACCUCUUCCCUUUAGAGAUACACUAGACAAGUAUUCGGCUGAAGUGAAAAGCAUAACUAAGUUCCUAUUGGCGAAAAUAGCGGUAGCACUGAAGAUCAAGCCCGAGGAAAUGGAAGAGUUGUUUGAUGAUGAGUUAGGGCAGAGGAUGAGGAUGAAUUACUACCCGCCUUGUCCAGAGCCAGAUAAGGUUAUUGGUCUAACUCCGCAUUCUGAUUCUACAGGACUCACCAUAUUGUUGCAGGUUAAUGAUGUUGAUGGUCUCCAAAUCAAGAAAGAUGGCAAGUGGGUUACUGUCAAACCUCUCCCAAAUGCUUUAGUUGUCAACAUCGGAGACAUCUUAGAGAUCGUAACGAAUGGGACAUACCGGAGUAUAGAGCAUCGUGGAGUUGUGAACUCAGAGAAAGAGAGGCUUUCUGUGGCAACAUUCCACAAUACGGGAUUGGGUAAAUACAUUGGUCCGAUGAAAAGUAUCGUGGAAAGGCAUAAGGCUGCAAUUUUCAAGAGCGUAACCACCGAGGAGUAUUUCAAUGGCUUGUUCUCCCGUGAACUUGAUGGAAAAGCUUACCUCGAUGUUAUGAGAGUCUAAACGAAGCGAAGCAAUGCAUACCUCCUCUGUUUUUCAUACUUUCUACAAAUAGGCAAUCUCUCUGUCUCUCCUUCAAUGGCCAAUAAAGAACGCUUUUGCUUCUUCACGCUAGUGUUGCUCAAACCACUUAUGUAAUUAUAAUAACACAAACGCUCUGAUUUUCACAAAUAGCAAUAAAGGGCUUAUGGCAAAAUCUCCUAGUUUAA